CCAACCUACGGCAUCCAUCCUUUGCUUCCACUUUGGGGUCCAAAAGCUGAUCAUGACCUACUGGUGGCUUAGCGUCUGCCUCUUGCUGGGCAGUGCUGCUCAUGCACAGCUGCCCUAUCAGGCACAGAUGCCAGGAGGGAUCAAAGUACUAACCACCAACACUCCUGAGGCAGUCGAGGCAGCCAGCGUUUCUCUGGAGCUGUACAACCAGCAGGGCAAGGACAUCUACAUGUACUGCCUCAAAAGGGUCAAUUCCGCCAGGAUGCAGGUGGUGGCAGGACUCAAGUACUACCUCGACGUAGAGACUUUCCGCUGUAUUGAAGAAGAAAUAUACCUGCAAAGGGACAACGCUCAGACUUUUCUGUGCAAGUUUGAGCUGCUCCAGGUGCCAUGGCAGAAUAUCAGUCGGCUUCUUAAAGGCCAGUGCGGAGAACCAAUUCCCGUCGUGGGUCAGAUAACACCAGUAGCUGCCAAGGAUUCUCUGGUGCAGAGUGUCGCCAAAUUUGCUGUGAACCAAUAUAAUGUGUACCCGGGAAAUGAUUACACCUAUGGCAUGGUCCAGGUUCUGGCAGCCAAGAAGCAGUUGAUAAGUGGUCACAAAUACUACCUGGAUGUCUGGAUGGCAGAGUGCCUGAAGCAGAGAGUCACAGAGACUAUACCCUGCACCACUAAUGUUAGCGCCCAGGAAUUUGCAUGCUUCUUUGUGGUCUGGCUGAAACCCGGAGAACUGGGCGGAGUUGAAUUCUUAGAUAGCACUUGUAUUCCAUUUGGAAUAAAUCUCGGAACAGGACUUUCCAGGCUGAGGAGCGCAUAGUUAAGCAAGACAACAGCAAGGAAUGUAUAUCUCUUUUUUUGGAAAGUAUCAUACUUGAUUAUAUGGUGAAAAUGUUGAUCAUGUAGUACCUUAUAAGAAAAAAAAAUAGUUUUUACACAUUUUAAGAUACCCACAAACAAUUGCCACUGAUUAUUUUGCAUUUUCACAAAUAUAGACACACAUGCUUAUUCCAGCCUCCUUUAUUGCACAAAAUGUGCCCCACAAUUUUUUUUAUGCUGGAGUGGAAACAUCAAGAAAAUCAGUUUGGAAAAGCUUGUCUUUAUGAGGUCACAGGCACCACUAAAGCGCUACUACAAGGAGUAUGUUUACUCAUAUUGCUGACUGCAGUGUGUUAGACACAGAUCUGUUCUGUUUAAAGGAGAGCAUAUGGAAUAAAGCAGAGGACAUCCAGCAUGUGAGGCUGUUAUAUCUCAGCAGACUCAGACACAUACUAUGGACCAUUUACAGCUACAGAUUCUCCUGAAUUGCAAGCUUUUCAAGUUUACUAAUGAAGCUCCUCAGUGGGAUUAGUGAAAUAGGAAAAGUUUGGAAGGAUCGAUGCUUGCAUAUCUAACGUAUGAGAUACAGGAAAAUGCAUAUGAUCAAAUCUCUUGUGACCAUUACUAUAUUUCAUUUAAUCUGACCUGAAUUAAAUUUGACUGAUCUCUUGAUCGUUUUAUUUGUAAUAAAUACUUCAUAUUCA